GUCAACCGUUAAGAUAGACGAGAGUGGAUUGAAGUUGAAGUCCAAGGCCAGGAUCUACACACCAGUUGCCAUCUUCACUGAUACUAAGAGAGAGAAGCAUGGAGAAGAAGCCCGAUAUUCAGCAAUUCAAAGGUCAAUACAGGCUUCCGAAAUUCGCCAUUCCGAAACGGUACGAUCUCGUCCUCAAACCUGAUCUUUCGGCCUGCACCUUUUCGGGUUCCGUCCAGGUCGACCUCUCCAUCUCACAGGUCACCCACUUCCUCGUCCUCAACGCCCUCGACCUCCAAAUCCACCAAGCUUCAUUCACCAACUCCCAGAAUAAGAAGUAUUGCCCUUGUGAUGUUGUUCUGGAGGCAGAUGAUGAGGUGUUGGUGUUGGUUUUUGAUGAGGCUCUCCCCACUGGAGAUGGGGUUUUGUGGAUUUCAUUUUCUGGGGUUCUCAAUGACCACCUUGUUGGAUUCUAUAGGGGUACAUAUGUGGAUGGAGGAGUGAAGAAGAAUAUGGCAGCUACUCAGUUCGAACCUGCAGAUGCAAGGAUGUGUUUUCCAUGCUGGGAUGAACCAGCUCUCAAGGCCACCUUCAAGGUAACCGUAGAAGUGCCAUCAGAGUUGACUGCAUUGUCUAAUAUGCCAGCCAUUCAAGAAACAGUUAAUGGGCACCUUAAGACUGUUUAUUUUGAGGAAUCUUCAACCAUGUCAACUUAUUUGGUGGCUGUUGUUGUUGGUUUAUUUGAUCAUAUUGAAGACACAACAGCUGAUGGGAUCAAGGUUCGGGCAUACUGUCCUGUUGGCAAGGCUGAUCAAGGGAAGUUUGCUUUAGAUGUUGCUGUAAAGACACUUGAUAUGUUCACAGGGUACUUCUCAAUGCCUUACCCGCUUCCUAAACUGGAUAUGGUUGCGGUCCCAGAUUUCUCUGGCGGUGCAAUGGAGAAUUAUGGCUUGAUCAUAUUUCGUGAAAUUGAACUGCUUUAUGAUGAAAUGCAUUCUGGAGCUUACCGCAAGCAGCGGCUUACAAUCGUUGUGACACACGAAGUUGCCCAUCAGUGGUUUGGGAACCUCGUAACAAUGGAAUGGUGGACUCAUUUGUGGCUUAAUGAGGGGUUUGCAACCUGGAUAAGUAAUUUGGCCACUGACUGGUUAUUUCCAGAAUGGAAGAUUUGGACUCAGUUUGUUCAAGAAACAACUGGUGGCUUACGUCUUGAUGCACUAGAACAAUCACACCCAAUUGAGGUGGAGGUGCACCAUGCUCGUUCAGUUCUUGAAAUUUUUGACGCUAUAAGCUAUGAAAAGGGAUCUUCUGUCAUCCGAAUGUUGCAAUCUUAUCUUGGUGAUGACGUAUUUCAGAGAUCCAUGAGCACUUACAUGAAGAGAUAUGCUGGCAAAAAUGCAAAGACAGACGAUUUGUGGAGUGUUCUUUCAGAAGAAUCUGGCAUUCAAGUGAACUCAAUGAUGGACACCUGGACAAAGCAAAAAGGAUAUCCUCUUAUUUCUGUAAAAUCCAAAGAUAAUACUUUGGAACUUGAGCAGUCCCAGUUUCUGUCAUCCGGCUCAUUUGGUGAUGGACAAUGGAUUGUUCCAAUAAGUUUAUGUCUUGGUUCAUACAACACAAAGAAAAAUUUCCUUUUGGAAGGACAAGUUAGAACAGUGGAUAUAUCUGAACUGCUUUAUUCUUCUGAUAGCAAUUCGAGUUCAUCCAAGGGAAACGAUCAGGGCAAAUGCAAGGAACACUCAUGGGUGAAAGUUAACGUUGAGCAGACUGGUUUCUAUAGGGUAAAAUAUGAUGACAAGCUUGCAGCUCAACUGAGGAACGCCAUAGAGGAAAAUUGCUUGUCAGAAACAGAUAAAUUUGGUGUUCUAGAUGAUACAUUUGCUCUUUGUGAGGCUUGCCAACUAUCAUUAUCAUCAUUGCUUUCCUUGAUGGAUGCGUACAGAAAGGAGUUCGAUUAUAUUCUAAUAUCAAGACUCAUUGAUGUCUGUUAUAAUGUUGCACACAUCUCAAGUGAUGCCAUCCCAAAUUCAGUGAAUGAGUUGAAACAAUUUUUCAUCAAUCUCCUCCUGUUUUCUGCAGAAAAACUAGGUUGGGAACCGGUGUCUGGAGAGAGACAUUUAAAUACAAUGUUGAGAAAAGAAGUUUUGAUGGCCUUGGCUACUUUUGGCCACAGUGAGACACACAAAGAAGCAAUGAGGCGGUUUCAGGCAUUCUUGGAUGAUAGAAACUCUCCACUCCUUUCAGCUGAUACAAAACGGGCUGCUUACAUUGCUGUAAUGAGAAACACCAGCUCCACAAAUAGAACCGGGUAUGAGUCACUAUUAAAGGUUUACAGGGAAUCUGAUGGAGUGCAGGAGAAGGAACCCAUUUUGCGUUCCCUUGCAUCCUGUUCAGACCCAAGUAUAGUUUUCGAGGUUCUGAAUCUUUUAUUGUCUGAUGAGAUUCGUGAUCAAGAUAGUCUUUAUGUACUUUCUGGGAUAAGCUUAGAAGCCCAUGAAACAGCAUGGAGUUGGUUGAAGGAGAACUGGGAUCUGAUUUCCAACAAGUCUGGCUCUGGGAUGCAACUCACAUGGUACAUAAAGAACAUUGUCUCGCGGCUUUCGACCCAAGAAGAGGCUGAUGAGGUAGAGGCAUUUUUCGCAAGCCGCAUGAAGCCAACAUUUGCCAUGACUCUGAAGCAGAACAUUGAGAAAAUCCGGAUCAAAGCAAGGUGGGUGGAAAGUAUAAAGCAAGAACAAUCCCUUCCAGAGCUGAUCAAAGGUCUAGCUUGCAGGGUAUGACAGCUGAAAAUACGCCUUCAAUGCUAUAUCUGAAUACUUCAACGCUUUCGUACACUCAUCUAAAUCGGGAAUUGUAUCACUAUUACUUGUAACACAAACCCUAUAUUAUCGCUUUCUUCAGAAAUAUAAAAACAUUGUAUGUAAUGGCAAUGUGACAUCUGUUUUUUUGAACUCA